AUGGAGACACCAGACUCGUCUACGGGUGCCACAAAGCCCGAGCAGCCGGUGCAGCCAAUUGUGACGCCGCCAUCGUCAUGGUGGAAAUUGGGCAUGUCUUCCUCCGAGCGUGAUAUUCUGGUGUACUCGACUGUCUUCAAAUUGUUGCUUUUCCCUGCGUAUCGCUCUACGGACUUCGAAGUCCACCGAAACUGGCUGGCUAUUACACAUUCCUUACCUCUCUCGCAGUGGUACUACGACACAACAUCAGAAUGGACCUUGGACUAUCCACCAUUCUUUGCUUACUUUGAGAAACUUCUGUCAAUACCGGCGUAUCUCGUCGAUUCAAAGAUAGUCGACCUGCAGAACCUGAAUUAUAACGCGUGGUCUGUCAUAGUGUAUCAACGCACCACUGUCAUUGUGACAGAGCUCCUCCUUGGCGCCGUAUUGUUGAGGUUCAGUCGAGGCGCGGCGGACUCUACCGUGCAGCGACUCAUCUCCGCUUCGUUAUUCUUGCACCCCGGAUUCAUCAUCGUCGACCACAUCCACUUCCAAUACAAUGGCUUUAUGUAUGGCAUCCUGCUUGCCUCCAUUCUGAGCGCACGAAAUGGCAACAAACUGAUGAGCGGCAUCCUCUUUGCUGUUCUCUUGAACUUCAAGCAUAUAUACAUGUACCUCGCGCCAGCAUACUUCGUGUAUCUCCUCCGCUCAUACUGCAUGUCGCCUACAGGCUCACUGCUCCCGAAAAACCUGAUGCUGCUCGGAAACGCAGUCAUUGCAGUCUUCGGUGUAUCUCUGCUGCCCUUCCUCGUCAUGGGACAGAUACCUCAGUUACUUUCACGCCUUUUCCCCUUCACCCGUGGAUUGAACCAUGCCUACUGGGCGCCAAACGCCUGGGCACUGGUCACGCUUGGGGAUCGAGCCCUAUUGCAGUAUGUGAAGCGCUUCGGCGGAGGCCUAGACGUCGACUCUGCGGGCGUGGCCUCUUCUUCUCGUGGCCUAGUUGGGGAUACAUCUUUCGCCAUUCUGCCCAACAUCCAGCCCAUGCAUACCUUCAUCAUAACCGUCCUCGUACAGCUCGUCUUCCUUGCCAAGCUUUGGCGCGUCCCAACGUACCGCUCCUUUGUCGCCGCGCUCACGUUAUGCGGAUACACGAGCUUCAUGUUCGGUUGGCAUGUGCAUGAGAAGGCUGUGCUCCUGGUAUUGGUGCCGUUGAGUUUACUCGCGGCGGAGGGGCACCCGAUGUUCAGGACGUUCGUGAUCGCCAGUGCUGCGGGAAUAGUGUCGCUAUUCCCGCUCCUGUUCACUCCAGCAGAGCAACUGGUUGAGAUUGGCUACACGCUGCUAUGGACCCUCUUCACGUUCCGCCCUUUGCACGGCCGGCUUUAUCAAUUCCCUCGCAGCGCACCCGGCGUCAUUCUCAACUGGCUGGAGAUGACUUACCUCUGCGGCUUCUACGUCCUGGUGCCCGUCACGAUGCUCUUCCCCGCCUUCACGGGCGGUAACGAAGCUUGGGCUUUCUUCCCUCUAAUGCUUACCAGCGUAUAUUGCGCAAUCGGGCUUGUCUGGGCUUAUAUCCGUCUUGCGUACUUGUACCUCAUGUCGUAG